CUCCGUUAACGACUUUUAAGUUUUAAUUCGAUACGAGAUCUUCUCUGACCUCAACAAACUGAGAACGCCCUACAGGCCCACACUAAAACUCAACGCCAUCGCUCGCAGAAACUCAGCUCUCUCCCGUCAUGGAUUUCAGGCUCCGAGCUCAGGCGAUUCAUCUCAUAGCUCUCGUCGUUCUCUCAUCCAUCAUUGCGCCUUCGUUACAAUCCGGCCAGUUUUGCGAUGCUGGAAUUGGAUAUGGAGAAUCCGGAUGCGGCAUUUCGUCGUCGAAGAUACUGAUUAAGGGAGGGACUGUUGUGAAUGCUCAUCAUCAGGAGGUGUCCGAUGUGUACGUGGAGGAUGGUAUCAUUGCGGCUGUGAAGCCUAACAUCAAGGUUGGUGAUGAUGUGAAAAUUAUUGAUGCAACUGGAAAGUUUGUCAUGCCAGGGGGAAUUGAUCCUCACACACACCUGGCAAUGGAAUUCAUGGGUACUCAGACAAUUGAUGACUUUUUUAGUGGACAGGCUGCUGCAUUAGCAGGCGGAACAACCAUGCAUAUAGAUUUUGUUAUUCCUGUAAAGGGUAGUCUGUCUGCAGGUUUUGAAGCAUAUGUAGAAAAGGCAAAAAAGUCAUGCAUGGAUUAUGGUUUCCACAUGGCAAUCACAAAAUGGGAUGAAACUGUUGCCAGUGAUAUGGAAAUCAUGGUCAAGGAAAAAGGUAUCAAUUCAUUUAAGUUCUUCCUAGCCUACAAAGGAUCUCUUAUGAUCAGUGAUGACCUUUUGUUGGAGGGAUUGAAGAAAUGCAAGUCUCUAGGUGCCUUAGCCAUGGUUCACGCAGAAAAUGGUGAUGCUGUAUUCGAAGGUCAAAAAAGAAUGAUUGAACUUGGUAUUACUGGGCCAGAGGGACAUGCACUGUCAAGACCUCCAGUGUUAGAAGGGGAAGCAACAUCUCGAGCAAUUCGCUUGGCUGGUUUUAUCAAUACACCUUUGUAUGUUGUUCAUGUUAUGAGCAUUGAUGCAAUGGAAGAAAUUGCUACAGCUCGGAAAUCAGGGCAAAGAGUUAUCGGGGAACCUGUAGUUUCAGGAUUAGUUCUUGAUGAUUCUGUACUUUGGGACCCAGACUUUAAUACAGCAGCCAAGUAUGUCAUGAGCCCACCUAUUAGAGCACCAGGACAUGGAAAGGCUCUUCAAGCAGCACUUUCAACAGGUCUUUUACAGCUGGUAGGGACUGACCACUGUACGUUCAAUUCAACUCAGAAAACCUUGGGAAUUGAUGACUUUCGGAAAAUACCAAAUGGUGUCAAUGGUAUUGAGGAGAGGAUGCACUUGGUUUGGGAUACAAUGGUGGAAUCUGGUCAAAUAUCCGUCACUGAUUAUGUUCGUUUGACGAGCACAGAAUGUGCACGGAUUUUCAAUAUAUAUCCAAGAAAAGGAGCAAUCUUUGCUGGGUCAGAUGCAGAUAUAAUCAUAUUGAACCCUAAUUCGAGUUUUGAAAUUAGUUCAAGUUCCCACCACUCAAGAUCAGAUACAAAUGUUUAUGAAGGGAGGCAAGGCAAGGGAAAAGUUGAGGUUACUAUUGCUGGGGGAAGGAUUGUUUGGGAAAAUGGUAAGCUGAAUGUUGUUCCAGGUUCUGGAAAGUACAUUAAGAUGCCACCUUUCAGUUAUCUUUUUGAUGGGAUAGAGAAAGCAGAUGCAACUCAUUUCUCAUCCUUAAGAGCUCCAGUGAAGCGAUAUAAAGCAACAAGUUGAGUUGUACAGGAUCAGUUGAACAGUUUUAUUGAAUUUCUCAUAUGCUGAUAUUACAAGUAUUAACUUAUAUCUACUACUGGUGUCUCAUAUACUGAUAUUACAUGUAUAUAACUUAUAUAUACUACUAUGGUGUAUGAAUAAUUGGUAAUGUAAAUUUUUGAUUAUGUA